UUGCUCUCGUCUUUUACCCACUUUGCUUCAUUUUAUCUGUCUUUUCUAAUUAUUUCCCCUUUUGGGUAUUCAAUAUUUUCCAUCAAAACUGGUUCUUUAGAGCAAUUGAAAUCAUGAAUAAAGAAAGAAGAAUUCAGCAGCAAUCACCGGUUGAAGCUGAAAUCCCUCUUCUUCCCCAAGAAAUCAUGGUGGAAAUCCUUUCAAGGUUACCCGUCAAAUCGCUUUGCCAAUUCAGGUGUGUCUCAAAACAAUGGCUUUCUCUUAUAUCAGAUCCCCUUUUAGCCAAAUCCCACCUCAAAAAAACCGUUAGUAAUGAUAGUUUUUAUUCUCAGAGAAAAAGAGUAAUCAUUUCCUCACACAAUUUGUACUCUCUUGAAUAUGAAUCAAUUGGUAGAAAUGGUCGUUUUGAUGAGAAUUUGGUAGCUUUAGAGCUUGAUUAUCCCUUGAAAGACAAGCCAAAUGGAUUAGCUGAGUUAUUAGAUUCUGCCAGAGAUGGUUUUCUGUAUUGUGAAAGAAGUGAAGGUGGUAAUGAUGAAUUUCCAGUAAUGGUGAAGUUAAAUUUACCAUUUUGUGUGAACCAAAGGAAUUGGGUUGAUAUCUUAGGUUCUUGUAAUGGUUUAGUUUGUAUUGCCCCAGAUGAAGAUACCCUUUUUUUGUUCAAUCCUUCCACUAGAGAAUCCAAGAGAAUCCCAGACCCACCUUCGGGUUUCGUUCCGAACGGUUGGAGUGUUUAUGGUUUCGGUUACGAUUUUGUUAAUGAUGAUUAUAAGGUAGUGAAAGUAGGUUGUGGAACUGUUUGUGUUUACUCAUUGAGAACUGAUUCUUGGAGGAUUGUUUGUAGUUUUCCAUAUGUGGAUAAUGUGUCUGAAUCCGGAGUGCUUCUUAAUGGGACUAUUCACUGGAUGGUUAGUUUCGAAGAUGGGGUGGAUUGUAGGUGUGUGGUUGCUGCUUUUAGUUUGGAAGAAGAGGUGUUUUCAGAUAUGCCGGCACCUGACAUUGUCGAUACUAGCUUUGAGUUCGUGGUUGGGGUUCUUAAUGGUUGCCUGUGUGUGCUCCAUAGCCGCAAUCAGAUGCACAAUGAUUUUUGGGUGAUGACUGAGUAUGGUGUGGGUGAAUCAUGGACUAAACUAACCCUCAGUCUCUCAUACAUAUGUAUGAAGCCAUUGUGUUUGGCGCAGAACAGAGAAGCCCUGCUGGAUGUUGAUGGAAAACUGUUGCUGUACAACUUGGAAGACGAUAGUUAUAGGUACCUAGUGGUUGAUGGCAUUCCGGCAGGGGAUGGUUUUGAAGCUGAUACCUACUUGGAGACCCUCGUUUCACCCAAUGGCUUCUGUCGGACUUGAACUAGCAGUAUCAGGAAAUUUGGGAACUUGGGGACAAGUGGUAAGAGCUUAAUAUGAUAAACUCGUUGGAGUCCGAGCAACAUGGAAUAUCAAUUGAGCUGUUAGGUUUUCAUGGAAGGUUGAGGAUGUGAGUGGCAAACCUUCAUGUUAUAUAUCUUCAGCAUGUAACCAUAAGUGUUGGACAUAGGUGUUAGACACUGGUACUUCAAGAAAAAACAAAGAGUCGGAAGAACAUAUGUUAGAACUUGUUUCCCCCUUUGGCAGACUUAUAGUGGAAUGCAUAUCGUUUUUUCUCCUCUUCAUCUUCAUGUUCUUCUGUUGGCAAAGAAUCACAGCAGCUCUAGUAAUCGUUUUUUUGAUUGGACGGAUCCUUAUUCUAUGGAAUGAUACGGAAGCAAACCCCGUUGAAGGUUUAGACUAUAGAUAGAUAAGAAAUAGUCGUCAACACGAAGAUUUCAUCCAUUUAUACUUUGGUGUUGUCGAUAAGCUCUUUGAAAUAUCAUGUACACUAGGUCUUGUAAGACCUGAGAUUGUAAUUUGGUGUUAGGGAUUAUCUUUAAUGUCUGAAAUUUUGUACCCUUUGAUUGAUCUUCUCAUUGGUUUAUAAUAAUAGCUAUGAGAUUAAUGUUAUCUUAUAAUAA